UCGCCUCUGGGGAAUACGGGCGUGGAGGAUGAGGAAGAAAGAUGCUGCACUGAAGCUCGUGCUUCCACUGUCUGCUCGUGCAUGAUUGGAGAUGGAGGCUUGAAGCAUGGAUUUUAUUGGGGCUUGAAGCAAUUUUGGUCCAACAAAGCGUCAAUAAUUUGGGGUACGAUGAGUGGUUCCUCUCUUGCUUCACUGCUUGCGCUCUUGAUUCGCCGGCGAAAUGCAGAAAUGUUGAACAGGUUGCAGCUUUCUUAGAUUCAGGUUGCAAUGCCUCUUCUUUAAUCAUAGCAUAUAGGUGUUUUUUUCCUGCUGAGUAAGGUAGCAAAGACAAAGGAGGAAAUCAACAAAGCAGUGUCCUGUUCAAAUGCUGUGCUGUGACGAUGACUGAUUAGCCACUCUACCAUCCUUGAUUCUUGCUUCUUGGUAUGCGGAAUCUUCUCAGCAUGACCUCCCAAUACCCCAAGUUCCAGGAAAUGGACCAUAUGCUGGUUCUAGCAGUUUGCUUCCUGGCCUUGCUGUCAGGCUGGGCCUGUGGCCUUGGCUCCAUGUCAUCCAUCUCAGUGGCUUAUGGUGAGGAUGGUCCGGUGUUCUGUGGCUUGAGCUCCGAUCGAUCCCGCAUCGUCACCUGCUUUGGUGUGGAUGCCUCUGUUCUGUAUGGUGCUCCGCGCAAUAUACCUUUCCUCGGCCUUACAGCAGGGGACGGGUUUGUGUGUGGCCUCUUGCUUGACUCCAGGCAGCCAUACUGCUGGGGGAGCAACUCCUAUGUCAAGAGCGGGGUGCCACAGCCAAUGAUCGAGGGUGCAAAGUAUUCUGAGCUGAGUUCAGGGGACAACCAUCUUUGCGCGCUGCGAGCAGCUGCAGAUGAAAUCCAUGGUCCUAAUGCUGCUACUUCAUUGAUCGAUUGCUGGGGAUACAAUAUGACUGCCACACAUGUUAUUGAUGAAGCUGUGUCAACCAUCUCAGCCGGUUCAGUGUUCAACUGCGGCUUGUUUGCACGGAACAGGACAGUGUUCUGCUGGGGUGAUGAAACAGUGAGCGGUGUGGUUGGACUGGCACCAAGGGAUGUGCGCUUCCAGUCCAUAGGAGCAGGUGGUUACCACGUCUGUGGGGUUUUGGAGAAUGCACAAGUGUUGUGCUGGGGCAGGAGCUUGGAAAUGCAGCAAGUGGCACCGGCGAGUGCUAUCGGUGAUGGAGAUGUGAACAUAGUGCCAAUGGAUGCGAUGGUCUCUGUGGUUGGUGGACGGUUUCAUGCCUGUGGCAUCAGGAGCCUUGAUCACCAAGUAGCUUGCUGGGGUUUCGCACUUCGUAACAGUACAUCACCUCCAAAAGGGCUGAAGAUGUAUGCACUUGUGGCUGGGGACUACUUUACUUGUGGAGUGCCUGCUGAGACAUCGCUGAUGCCAAGGUGCUGGGGCAACAGUGGGGCAAUGGCACUACCAAUGGCGGUACCACCUGGAAUUUGUGUACCUAAUGCAUGUAGCCAUGGGUACUACAAUUAUGAGAACCAUGAUGAAGUUGGCAACAGCAAGGUUUGCAAGCCUGCAAAUUCUAGACUCUGUUUGCCCUGUAGUGCAGGUUGCCCAGAGGAAUGGUACGAGUCAUCACCUUGCAAUGCCACAGCUGACCGCGUUUGCCAGUAUGAUUGCUCAAAGUGUGUCACAGGUGAGUGCAUAUCAUUUUGCUUAUCCCAGAAACAGACCAAGAGUCGGAAGUUGAUACCCUUUCAGCUGCGUAUCUUUGUAGCCGAGAUUGUGUUUGCCAUCAUCUUGUUACUCAGUGUGUCAGUAAUUGCAUGCCUGUAUGUACGACACAAGCUUCGGCAUUGCCAAUGUUCAAAUAACAAGUUGAAACUGGUGAAGAGCACAGCAUAUUCCUUCCGGAAGGAUAACAUGAGGAUUCAGCCUGAUGUGGAGGAUUUGAAGAUCAGGAGGGCUCAGGAAUUCUCCUAUGAUGAGUUAGAGCAAGCAACCGGCGGCUUCCCAGAGGAUUCACAAGUUGGCAAAGGCAGCUUUUCAUGUGUGUUCAAGGGCAUAUUGAGAGAUGGGACAGUGGUUGCUGUGAAGCGUGCGAUAAAGGCAUCAGAUAUGAAGAAGAGCUCAAAGGAGUUCCACAAUGAACUUGACCUCCUCUCCAGGCUCAACCAUGCACAUUUGCUCAACCUUCUUGGUUACUGUGAGGAUGGCAGUGAGAGGCUAUUGGUUUAUGAGUUCAUGGCCCAUGGAUCCCUGUACCAGCAUCUGCAUGGCAAGGAUCCAAAUUUGAAAAAGCGACUGAAUUGGGCAAGGCGGGUCACAAUUGCUGUCCAGGCUGCCAGGGGAAUUGAGUACCUCCAUGGCUAUGCUUGCCCUCCUGUAAUUCACCGAGACAUCAAGUCAUCAAACAUAUUGAUUGAUGAGGAUCACAAUGCACGUGUCGCUGACUUUGGCCUAUCUAUAUUAGGUCCUGCUGAUAGCGGCACCCCACUGUCCGAGCUGCCAGCAGGGACACUUGGCUACCUUGAUCCAGAGUACUACCGUCUCCAUUACUUGACUACAAAGUCCGAUGUCUACAGCUUCGGAGUUGUUCUCCUUGAGAUCCUAAGUGGCAGGAAAGCAAUCGACAUGCAGUUUGAGGAAGGGAACAUUGUUGAAUGGGCAGUGCCACUGAUCAAAGCAGGGGACAUUUUUGCAAUCCUUGAUCCAGUCUUAUCUUCUCCAUCUGACCUUGAAGCUCUCAAGAAGAUUGCUUCUGUGGCUUGCAAGUGUGUCAGAAUGCGAGGGAAAGAUCGGCCUUUGAUGGACAAGGUGACAACAGCUCUAGAGCAUGCCCUUGCACUGCUGAUGGGCAGUCCGUGUGUCGAGCAGCCCAUCCUGCCAACUGAGGUUGUUCUCGGAAGCAGCCGUAUGCACAAGGUAUCACAGAUGUCCUCGAAUCACUCUUGCUCAGAGAAUGAGCUUGCCGAGGGGGAGGACCAGAGGAUCGAGUACAGAGCCCCAUCUUGGAUAACAUUUCCCAGCGUGGCCUCAUCACAGAGGAGGAAAUCAUCUGCAUCAGAGGCUGAUAUCGCUGGUCGAACAACCACAGAUGGUAGGAACAUCGGGAGCAGCAUAGGUGAUGGUUUGCGGUCGCUGGAGGAAGAGAUUGGCCCGGCCUCGCCACAGGAGAACCUGUACUUGCAGCACAAUUUCUGAAGAAAUGUCGUGACUUCCUGCUAUUUUCCGGCCACCAUUUGAAGUUAACACUUGGUUACCUGUUGCUAUAUGGAAAGGGUUACUGUUUAUACAUCCUAUAGUGGUGGGGCAUUUAAAAACUGAUGUAGCUAGUUUGUAGAGUACACGAACAAAAUUUAGCAUCCAAGGGCAUUCCUUUGUAGAUUUAUCCAGUCUCUUCAUCCCUUUUUUUCUCUUGGGUGUUAGUUAUCUGUUCAUGGCUUCAGUUGA